AUGGGGUCAUCUUAUUUAUAUCUUGUCAGAGAUGAACUUGAAGACUACCAGAGGCAGGUUUCAGAACUGCAAGCAAAAUUACGAGCUCAAAAAGUAUUAGAAGAUCAGAGAGGCCAGCCAGCCCUGUGCGUCAAAUGUGGGCAUCAUUCUGCUGUUUUGUCCAAUACACACAGUGAAGCGGCUAUAGACACAAUCAAUCAACUGACGAAAGAGAGAGAUGAUUUGAUGAACAUGCUGACAGGCCAGAAAGCCGUCCUAGCUGAGGUUCGCCAGCGGGAGUUUGAAGCUUAUAACCAAGUGAAGAAGAGCUGUCAUAUGGUGGAACAGGCUCAGCUGGAGAAGGCAGAGGCCAUCAUUCAUGUGCGCCAGCUCCGUGAAGAUUUGCGGAAAGGGCGGGAGCGGCACGAAAACAACAUGAGAAUGUUCAGCGAAAAAAUGGACAAGGAGAGGGAAAAGGUGAAAGAGGCGUGUUGGGAGGAGGUCAGCGGUCUAAAUAAACAGAUAGAAUCUUCAAGUGAGGCUCGGUCAGCGCUGGAGAACCAACUAGAGCGGCUAACACGCGAAAAGGUCGGCCUUAUGGCAGAGCUGGAACAAGCAAACAGCCAAAUCCUAGCGAAUGCAUCUGAAGUUUCAAAGGUUUUUGAGUUUCAUCAGGCUAAUGAGACUGUGGAGAAAGAACUUGAACAGACACAAAUGAGAUUGUCAGUGGCUUCACAAGAAUUGAACUCAGUCAAAGCAAGUGCUCAGCAAGCACAGAGGGAAAGAGAGCAGAUGUGCCAGUUGCUUGCCACACGUAAUGACUUGAUGAAGGAAAGAAAAGUUUUGAGUCAAGAGGAUAUAUUCCUGAGAAAGCAGAAGAUUCCGAAGACACUCUCUGAACCUGUGACACCUUUUAUGGAGACUGCUAGUAACGCAAGUGCAGAAGAUCCUGAUCGCAUGACCGAAGAAAAAGAGCGUCACGCGUCAGUGAUGUAUGAUUUGUUACAUCCAUCGGUCUACUAUGAACCUUGUGAAAAUGAUAACGUUUUUUUAUGUGCAUAACUAUUAUCAUUACCUUUAUCGUCGUUAGCUUUUAGUUUUUCAACAAUUAGUGACAUUUUUAUUUUGAUAUCAGCAAGGCUGCAUUUGCUUCCUUUUUUAUCGAAGCUGUUAUUUUAACGUUUCCAAAAAGAAAAGGAAAGAAAGUGCAUGAAAAAGAGAAUCUGUGUUAAUACUUAAUACUGUUUGCCUCAUUUUAAUACCUCAUAGAUUUCCUUUAAAACUGUACAAAAAGAAAAAUACCGUAUCAAAUUAUUAUGACCGAUGAACGGGUUAAAAAUAUUUAAAGAUGCAGCAGUGUAAUCAUUUCAGAUAAAAGGUUAAAAAAAAUCAGCUUGCAUGUCCUCUUUGUAAUUGUUGGCAAGGGUCAGUAGAAAACCCUGUAGGAAUUCAUCAGAGUUACAUCGGACCCCCUGCCGGUCCAAGUUUCCAAUGGCUGCUUUGGUAUCAGGAGCCCAGCAAAAACUUUGCUAAAACUUACUAGUGAAACUCACUCACGAGAAACCAGAUAUGCUAAUUUUAAUGUAGCUUGUCCGAUCGUCAAAUGUCAAAAGGAAGGAGAAAGAACUUUUACAGCGACAGCAUGUAAAACGUGGAACACCCUGCCACUAUCAACUCGAAAACUUGCCACCUUAAGUAGUUUUAAAACAUCACUCUGGAAGAGCAUUUUCAAUGACCAACUGGCUUUAAAUAAUUUUAUUCUGUAAUUUUCAUAGCUCAUUUUUAUGUAGUUAAGCCAUAGUUUUUAAUAUCUCUAAUAUUUUUAUUGUAUUUUUAGUGCUAGGAGGGCCACUGGUUUAUUAGUAUUAUUUACUAUUUUGGUGCUACCCUCAUUAAAUAAAGCCCUUACUUACUUACUUGCUAGCCGGUAUUCUGUGUCGAACAGCGGUAGCCAUGUUCGUGAAAUCUGU